AUGUACUCUUCUGCGUCAGGACACGCGCCCUGGCAGUCUUCAAAUUCUUACGCGACGAUGAACAGCCAAAAUGCUUACAUCCCAGUUCCUGCUCGGCAGACUUUUGGUCAUCAAUCUAAUCUUCCUCCUCCACCAUUCUAUGUUCCACCUCCUUUGAAUUCGAAUUCCCAUCAAUACCUUCCACCACCGGCGGCUAGUCUGUCCACCACGUCCACAACUCCUUCAGCGCCACCAAAGAAGAAAAUAACUUGGUCCCCAGCAGUCCGUGAUUAUGUCAAUCGCUCGUUUGCUCAAGAAAACUCCAUUGUCGGUAUUACCAAGGAGCAAAUUGAAUCGAGAUUGAAAGAAGUAAUAACCGAGGCAACCCAGCAUGGGAAACUCGAGACUACCAAUUGGGUAGAAUUACCCCUACCACAACAGAUGCUUCAGGAGGAGCGAACACGUGCCCUGCUUGCCCCCAUGUCCCCAUCUUACGUUCCCCCACCAGCAAACAUGGACGGUGCGGUCAUGUCUUAUUACCAACAAUCUCGCACUGACGGACCUCGUAAACGGAAGUCGACCGAAAUGGACGAAGUGACUGCGAUUCCUCCUUGGAGGGCAAAUACCCAACCCGUUGGAUCACUGGCAGAUCGAAUCUCUUUUGCCCCCAAUGAGAAACGGCCAAAGCUUGAUAUGAGCAAAUCCGUAAGUAAAUCGAAUGCGAAUCUAGAGUCCCGGAAGAAAAGAUUUGAAGACUCCUUGGGAGGAUCGAAUUCUCCACGCACCCAAGAGUCAUCACGAGGUGCUUCGCCGGAACCCAUUGGACCCAUUAUCGGGCGAUCCCAGAAGUUGGAAAAGAAUUAUUUCCGGCUAACAUCAGCCCCCAAUCCUGACGAUGUCCGACCACUGGAGGUGUUAAGGAAGACACUCGAACUUCUCAAGCAAAAAUGGCGUCUUGCUCCCAACUAUGUUUAUAUCUGCGACCAGUUCAAAUCCCUCCGACAAGAUCUGACCGUGCAACACAUCAAGAAUGAUUUUACGACGAACGUGUACGAGUAUCACGCCCGAAUUGCGCUGGAGAAGGGUGACCUGGGUGAGUAUAACCAGUGUCAAACGCAACUGAAAGGUCUGUACAAACAGAAUCUUGGCGGUCACCCUGUGGAAUUCACAGCAUAUCGUAUUCUCUACUUUAUCCAUACGUGCAACCGGACUGACAUGAAUGAUGUACUUUCCGAUCUAACCGAAGCAGACAAAACGGAACCAUCAAUCAAGCAUGCACUCGAAGUGCGAUCGGCUCUGGCAUUGGGCAACUACCACAAGUUAUUCAAACUGUACCAUAGUGUUCCCGAUAUGGGGGGUUACUUGAUGGACAUGUUCGUAGCACGGGAACGUAUUGCGGCACUUGCUUGCAUGUGCAAAUCGUAUAAACCAGACGUGCGCCUACGCUUGGUAACUGAAGAGCUUGGAUUUGAUUCGGAUGAAGAAGCGUGCCAAUUCAUUUUAGAGCACGUCCCCGAUGAAUCACCUAGCUUGUUGGAAGAACGCGAUGGUGAUGUGCGUUUUCUGACUGGCAAGUCCGAGAAGAGGGUUGUCAUUGCAGCAUUGGUCAGGGGGGGCGAGAAACAAAAGGAAGCAGCCGCGGCAGCCAAACCCUCAACUCUCUCCAUCGCUCCUAAAACCAUUCAAGCCUUACCACCCAAGAAAGUCAUCAAGGCCCUUUACGACUACGAGCCACAGAACAAAAAUGGACAAGAGCUGGCUUUUCUUAAGGGUGAUUUCUUCCACGUCUUAAGUCGCGAGGACGAUACCGAAUGGUACGAAGCGUGCAACCCCUUGAUUCCAACUGCCCGAGGUCUUGUACCCGUCGCUUUUUUCGAAACUGUCGGCAAACAACAAAGACAAAGUGGGAAUUCCUUAUCGUCUCCGGGAGAGAAACCCGACGGUCAUGAUUCCGGCUUUUCGGAAAAAGGCUCGAGUAAUUCCACACAUACCAGAUCCGAGUCCACAGCUACCACCCGACCACCAACACAUACCCGAGGCCAGAGCAUGGCGGGAAGAACCACUGGCGCCAUGGUUUACGGCGUUGUACAAUAUGAUUUCAACGCGGAGAGAGCGGACGAACUAGAGGCAAAGGCUGGAGAGGCAAUUAUCGUGGUCGCGCAGUCCAACCCGGAAUGGUUUGUGGCCAAACCGAUUGGACGGUUAGGAGGACCUGGAUUGAUCCCGGUGUCUUUUGUCGAUAUUAAGGAUACGGCUACAAUGCAAUCAGUCCCAGAUCCAUUGGAAGCGGUGCGCAAGGCUGGCGUGCCCCGAGUGGAGGAGUGGAAGAAGUUCGCGGCCGAAUAUAAAAACAGCAGUAUCAGCUUGGGCAAAUUUGAUAAUGGACAACCAGCGAAUCAGAUGACCUUGGAGAUGGCGCGGAUGAGUUUACAGAAUGGUGGAUCGGAAGCGUCUCUGGCGAGUAACAAUUAUGAACAGUCCCAAUCAAUGCGACAGUCUCAGCAACAAUCAGGCAUGCCCUUGGCACCGAUCAGUGCGCAUGUUCCUCGAUAUUGCUUUGACAACGAUAUGUAUUGGUAUAUCAUCGAGUGUCAGAUGGAGGAUGGGCGAUGGUGGGAAUUAUCACGAUAUUAUGCCGACUUUUAUGACUUUCAGAUUGCCCUGCUCGAACAAUUCCCCGAGGAAGCUGGCAAUGUCAAGGGAAAACCUCGAACUCUACCGUUCAUGCCAGGUCCUGUAGCCCACGUCACGGAUGCUAUCUCGAAUGGGCGACGCCAGAAUCUGGAUGAGUAUAUGAAGAAUAUUGUAGGGAUGCCACCACACAUCUCCAAGAGUAUGUUGGUAAGAAAUCUCUUCAAACCCAAACCUGGUCAGGACUUUGAAAUAGACCCCAGCGCGUUGGGAGAGGACUACCGAUUAUCGGGCGGAUCACAACAAUCACAGUCCAUGCAACCCGUCUCUCGAGUCACGUCCAAUCAAAUACCAGGAAGUGCCUAUGGUGGAAUGCCACCACCGUCGGGACGCAUGUCUCAGCAACAACGACAAAUGCCCAUGUCAGCAGGAAUGGGCAUGGAUCGACCUCCCUUCCUCCACUCACAAGCAAGCAACCUAACCCAGGCCUCGACGUCAUCAAGCAUGAAGGCUAAUAACGCCGGCAGUGGCGGAAUGAAAGUCAAGGUUUUCUUUCAAGAUGAUAUCAUCGCGAUCCGCGUCCCAACAGAGAUCUCCUUUGGCGCGCUGAAGGAGAGACUAAUGGAACGGCUCAAGGUCAAUGAGAAUAUCCUGGUACAGUAUAAAGAUGAGUCGACAAAUAGCUAUAUCGACCUUGAAAACGACGACAAUCUGGACGUGGCGCUGCAGCGGAAUCCAAAGCUGACGCUGUAUGUGGCUUUCAACACAGGGUGA